AUGCUGGUUUGUUCACAAACGAACGUUCAUUGCCUGCCACCGGUGAGGCCCAGUGGUGCGCGAGCCCGCAUUUCGCGCCAAAAACCUUUGUGCGCACUUUUUCGCGAAAGUGGCGGGAAGAGGUCGCGUCAACGGCGCCGGCUGUCACGAGGACGAGCGAGCGGGGAGAGUGCGGCGGCGGCGUAUCACGUGCCCAGGUACAGGCGCGUUCGGGGCGCGCUGGGAAAAGUCGGUGUAAACAGUGCGUUCGGCUCAGUCAGUUCGGCGAGGCGCGGGUUCCCGGCCGCCCGUCGACGCGACCGGAACAGGAGUGUGUGGCGGCCAGCUAGGCCGCACGCCCUCUGCGCCGCGCCGCCUCGCGAGCGUCCCUCUCGCACUCGCGCCCACCACCUAACCUCGUCCCUCUCGCGCGGCUCGGCGCCUCACGCCUCCCAUGGGCGGCCGCGUUUUCCCGCCGACCGUCCGUCCGCAACAUGGCCG